AUGUCAAAAUUCACCCACAGCAUCAUCGUCACCGGGGGUACAUCAGGCCUCGGGUUCCACGCCACCACAAUUCUUGCGAAACAAUUCAAGGACGCAAAAGUGGUUAUUGCAGCAAGGAAAGACCCUGAAUUAGCAGCCGCCAAAAUCAACAAGAAAAAUGGCCAGAAUAACGUCGAAUUUCUCUCGCUCGACCUUGGCAAACAUGAGAGUAUACGAGCAUUCGUGAAGACGCUGAAGGACCAACAACUCCCACCAGUCUCACAUCUCCUCCUCAAUGCCGGUCUGCAGUUCCCAGGUGAGAUACAGUACACCAGCGAUGGAAUCGAAGCGACUUUCGGCAUCAACCACGUCGGGCACGCGCUGUUGUUCCAUCUUCUCCAGCCCAGUCUCGCCAACAAAUGUCGCAUCGUCGUCGUCUCCAGCGGCACGCACGACCCGGCCCAGAAAUCCGGCCUGCCCGACGCCAUCUACGACACCGCCGAAGAGCUCGCACACCCGAAGGGCGAGGCCCUCAAUUACGCCGGCCGCCAGCGCUACGCGACCAGCAAGUUGUGCAACGUCCUCUGGACGUACGCACUUUCCCGUCGCGUGAGCAAACUGCCAGGAAAGAACAUCACCGUCGUCGCCUUCGACCCGGGUCUCAUGCCCGGCACGGGACUGGCGCGAGAGUCAGGCCCAGUCCUCCGAUUCGUCUGGCACUAUGUUCUGCCCGCGUUGAUCCCGCUCCUGCGCCGUGCAUUCCACCCGAACGUCCACACGUCUCAGCAGUCCGGUGCCAAUCUUGCUUUCAUCGCAACUGACGGCAGUGCCGCGAUGAAAAGUGGCGUUUACUAUGAGAUGAGAAAGGAGAUUCCAUCCAGCAUUGACAGUUAUGUUGAGUCGAAGCAGGAAGAUUUGUGGGCUUGGACAGUGAGGACGUUGGCUUCCACGGAGCAGGAGCGAAAGGAGUUCGAAGUCGUCGCAUAG